AUGAUUGGAUCUUUACAUGUAUCCUUGAAUAGUUGUGAGACCGUUUUUCUUCUAAAUUACGAUUUUUUUGAUUUAAGUUUUCAUGCAGUUUUUGGACGUAAUAAGAUACUGGCAAAAAAGCCAAAACUUUAUAAAAUUAAUUUACUUUUGGAAUUAAUAUACCAGGGAUGGUCUCGAGUUCAUUCUAUAGUAAUGCAAAAAUUCAAAUAUUCUAAAGACCCUGAAGCCCGAUAUCUCAUUAAUUUAUUAGACAAUAUUGUACUGUUGGUUUUAGAUUUCUAUCCUAUUAUAUUUCGCAGCAGAAAUUGGGAAGCAUACAUAGAAGCAAUGUUUCGCAUCUGGAUG